AUGACUCGAAAAUGUCAAUCCAACCGGAGCCUAGUUUCCCAAUUUUAUUUUCUUGGCUACUUUGAUCCUCGUGUCCCAGAUAUUCUUCACUGUAAACUGAUCAACUGCCAUGAGCCCUUCCAAUCCUCAACUGUAAACCAAAACCUCUACAAAUGUUGCACUUUCGGAACACUUUGCAUCUUCCCUCAAACUACCUUUUCCCCUCUUUAUCUCCACUUUUCAUUUCACAACCUAGUCAACUUUCCUGAAGAACCUCCACCACUUCCAGUCUUUAUCUGCUCUGUCCACAAAAUAUCUGUUGCCAAAAUUUCAGAGGAGCCCACCACCACGACCUACAGCUCUGCAGAUGCACCGCCGGAAGAGGGACCCGUUGAAUUCUCACCCUCAAUUCCUCCCAUUUUCUCCACCUCCAACGACCCUGCUCCUCUCCUUACGGUGCCAUCACUGUCUUUCUUUUCCGGUCCCUCCGCUGCCGCGCCAAGCGUGCCAAAGAAACGGUCAUCAGGGGCAAAGAAAUCGUUGAAGGAAGAGGUCCUGAAGAGCUUGAGAGCAGUGUCUCUGUCACCAGUUACCACCAAGGCUGCGCCUUGGCCUGUCCAGGCACUGUUGGGAGAAUUAUCGGCCGGAGUGAUUGCAAUGAUUCUUUACAAAUUCACAACUACUAUUGAGGCUUCACUCAAUCGACAGAUUCUUUCAGAUAAGUUCUCGAGAUUCAGGUCAUCAGGGGCAAAGAAAUCGUUGAAGGAAGAGGCCGUGGAGAGCUUGAGAGCAGUGUCUCUGUCACCAGUUACCGCCAAGGCUGUGCCUUAGCCUGUCCAGGCACUGUUGGGAGGGUUAACAGCUGGAGUGAUUGCAAUGUCUUCAGAAAUUCACAACUACUAUUGAGGCUUCACUCAAUCGACAGACGCUUUCAGAUAAGUUCUCGGUUUGCUCUCCAAUUUCGCUGCAUCAACUAUCAUAUAUGAGCCAUAUAUCCUUUUUUGGCCCUUUUUCUUCAUAAAAUCUAAGGCAAUUGCACAUGGAAUUAAAAAUGUCUCUUAUCAUAAGAAUUCAAUAUCAAUCAAUAAGUUGCAUUUGGACCGCAUAUAACUGACUCCAGAAUAUUGGAUAUAGUACUAAUCUAAGUUUAAUCAUGAUUUUAUUAAGUUUUUCUUUAUAUAGCUCGUGGAUAUCAAAUUUUAUCAUCUUAAACAGAAUCUCAGGUAUCACAUACUGGUUUAGGGAGUUCUGCAUAUCUAUUUCCUUUAAGGCUUUUGGAUUUGUUCGUGAUGGAUGCACCCCCUGUAAUUAGUUAACAAUAUUAAAACCGGAGAGAUGCUUAUGAUGUUUUAUCAUUUAGCAAUAGGAUAAACUUAUUAAAGUCAAUACAUGAUUCUCGGGCGAUCACUUCUUUCUGCAAUUUCAUUUUAUUUUUUGUAUGCAUGGGCUUCUUAAAUUUUUGCUUGAUUGAUGUUUGUUUAAAUUCUGAACUUAAGUGCAAUGGCAGAACAUUUGAAGGGUAUUUGGACCGUCAAUAUAUCAUUUACGUAUUUCUAUGCUCAAGGCAGUCUUAAUUUAUUAGAAAAAAUAAAAAUAAAUACAUUUAGUGAGUGGUCUUGUCUAAUAUGAGUGAUUCACAAUACUAAUGCUACAUAUUUUCGCCUGUUCGCAGGUCCACCAGAUAACGAUAAGUUAAUUUUGGCAACUUGACCUGAAAUUCUCUGUUCUCUCUGAUAAAAUUUGACUUUUGAUCCCUUUUCAUCAACUAUAUGCAGGACUAUUGUGAAUGGAUUGUGUUACCUUGCUACAUUUGUUGUUGGCCUCAAUGCUGUAGGUUUAUUACUUUCCUCGGGCCAACUUGCCAUCAACUCCGUCAUGGGAGAGUCUAAUGGUCAAGAUGAAGCACCAUUAAGUUCAUCAAAUUCGAAAUCAGUUAGUACAGAUGGCUCUGGAAUCGCUGGUAGCGAUGAGGAUCAAAGUUCAGAGAAUGCACAAUACUGGAAGUAAGAAUCUAGUAGUAGCAGCUGUAGCCCGUUUACUAUUUUGUCCCCUUUUUUUCCUUCUUUCUUAUCAAGGCUUUAUAUCUGUUUUUUGCUAUGCUGGAAUUCUAGAAAAGAGUGUAAAUGGAAACUGGAAAAAAUGCUAUUUAUUUCAUGGAGUGCAAAACCAUACUUAUACAGCAGUAGGAUCUCUUACAUUAUAAGUGCAGAGAAAAGAGGUUAUCCUCUUUCAUC